GUAGUUAUUUUAGUAUUGGAUUUCGUGUCUAUACACUCGAACGAACAGUCCCGAACUCCCUACUAUCGCCUGAAAUGGCAGCAUCAGAGGGAGCUUGCCUCAACCAUGUUUCUCGCGAAUCGCCUGAUAUCAAGCGCCUCGCUCAGUUCUACACUGAAGUAUUCGGUUUUGAGCAACUGGCAGCUCCGAAUUUUCCGUUCGGUGUAAUAUGGUUGAAAUUGGGUUCAUUCUAUCUUCACCUCAUCGAGAGAGACCCCUCCACGAAACUCCCAGAGUAUAGUGCCAUGUCAGCGGUCGCCGCCCCGGAGAAUCUUCCCCGAGGGCACCAUGUCUGCUUUUCCAUCUCCAAUUUCGACUCUUUUGUUCGCACCCUCAAGGCAUAGUCUCUCUGUACCUAAUGGCUUGAUUUAUCUGUCAAUUUUGGGAAUGUUAUUGUUUGUGCAUAAAUAAGUAGAAAAAAAUUGCCACUUUCAGUGAUUAUUUUUUUCAACAGUUGAGAAACUGCUUGGUGUUGGGGAUGAUUCAAAGGGAAAAGAUAAUUUUUUA